GAAGGACGCAAACCUAGUCUGGGCGAUAGGGGGACCCCCCACCCACCUCGGCGCAGCCGGCUGGCGACCGCAAGCCCCACUUUCCGUGAGCGGGAAGAGGGACAGUGGAGCCGCCAGGGAGGAGGCACGGAGGGUGCCGUGGGCGUUGGCCUUCUCUGGCGCGGUGGCACAGAUCGCAGGUUGGCCUGGGUGCCCCUCGGCCAGAUUUGCCCCAGGAGCUUUCCGGGACUGCGACCAGAAACCAUCCAGAGGCUCUGGGCUCGAGUUCUUUUUGUUUGUUUUGUGGCUUCGGUUGUUGUUUUCUCACCUUAAGAGAGUACCUUGGUAUGCAUUAGAAAAUUCAGAAGGGGCUGUGGACGUUUGGGACGGCCCCGCGCGCUGUGGGUGCGCUCGGGGCGGAUAAAGCGGCGCAUUUGCGUCGCAGGGCCGCGGGCUGCCUGACUGCAGCUGCCGCGGGCAGAUUAUUUAUUGCGCCCGCGCCGGGCGCUCGCUGCUGCCACGCUGUGGCCGUCGCCGGGACCGACGCCAGCCGCAGCCCCGCGUCGUGCAGCCUGGCGCGACUGCUGCGCGGGCCCCUCGGAGAUUCCCAAGCAGGCGGAGGAGAGGGGGGGCAAGGGAGGACCCGAGGGGCGGCCUCCCAGGGCCUGUCGGGAACCUCCCCCGCCUUGGCCACCUCUGACAAGAGCUGGACGCCCGACUAGACUCGGGUCCUCCCCCACCCCCAGCGCCGUGGAGACUGGUUGCACAGGCGGCCUGGCACGUCAUGGCUGCUUCUGUCCAAACUGCGCGUCCCAAAGCGCCCCCCGGGGCGCACGCUGGUGCGGGGAAGGCGCCCGCUUCGGGAUUUUUGAAAUCGGAGAGACCACUCCUGGUCCUGAGGCCUGCAGGCCUGGCUGGCCCUGAGGAGGACUGACUCUGGCAAGAAAGGCGGGCUUUGGCGUCAGGCAAGGGCCUGUGACAGGCAGAGGCCGCACCUGUGCGCUAUGGGCUCUGUCCUGGGCUACAGAUCCAGGUGGCCCGGGUGGCCCUCAAGGUCCCCCCCACACACGGGCAGGCCGCCCCCCAGGCUGGCGGAGGUCGAGUGGGCAGCCCAGGGAAAGGGCAGACUGUGGGGCCCUGCACGCCAUCCAGUCCCCUUUGAAGAGCAGCUGAAAGGCUACGUGUGCCGCCUGGUCAUUCAAAUUGUCAAUUUUAGGUCCAGAAGUGUCCAAACCACAAGUUCUCAAAACUCUCUGAAAAAUGACUCCCUCCGAGUUAAGCAAUUCUGAAAGGCAUUCUCUGGGAAAAGUCUGUGGAGAAGCGAGGGAUCUUCUUGCAAAUAAUAUGGUCUCGGGCAAAGACGCAGCAUCUUGGCUGUCUGCUCAAAAAAUGCCUAGACUCUUGGUGGAAAUUGAGUGUCAAGCUGCAAAACCUCAAAUGGCAGAUUAUCAUCAUUUAAGAGCGCCCGGACACCGGAAAAGGCGAUUCCCCGAGUGCCCGGGGUCGGAGACAAUCACUGCAUCAGUCUUAAACAUCUUUCGAGGUCUGCGCGGGGCGGCCAUUGGCGGCGGAGCGUCACGUGACCGCGGGGGCGUGCCAAUGUGCGCCCUCACGGGUGUCAAGCCCCUGUCAGAGUGUGCGAUCAAGAUUGUGAAACAACGCGAUGCAAAAAGCGACCUACUACGACAGCUCCGCGAUCUACGGUGGCUACCCCUACCAGGCAGCCAACGGGUUCGCUUAUAAUGCCAGUCAGCAGCCGUACCCGGCGUCCGCGGCACUGGGCGCUGAUGGCGAGUACCACCGACCCGCCUGUUCCCUCCAGUCGCCCACCAGCGGCGGGGGCCACCCCAAGGCGCACGAGCUGAGCGAGGCGUGUCUGCGCACCCUGAGCGGCCCGCCCAGCCAGCCCCCAGGCCUGGGGGAGCCACCUCUGGCCCCGCCGCCGCCCCAGGCCGCGCCCCCAGCUCCACCGCAGCCGCAACCCCCGCCACAGCCCCCAGCACCGGCUCCUGCCGCGCCCCCUCCCCCCUCUUCAGUUUCCCCACCUCAGAAUGCCAGCAGCAACCCCACCCCCGCCAGCGCAGCCAAGAGCCCCCUACUCAACUCACCCACCGUGGCCAAACAAAUCUUCCCCUGGAUGAAAGAGUCUCGGCAAAACACAAAGCAGAAAACAAGCGGCUCCAGCUCAGGGGAGAGCUGCGCUGGCGACAAGAGCCCGCCUGGGCAGGCGUCGUCCAAACGGGCACGCACCGCCUACACGAGCGCGCAGCUGGUGGAGCUGGAGAAGGAGUUCCACUUCAACCGCUACCUCUGCCGGCCACGCCGGGUGGAGAUGGCCAACCUGCUGAACCUCACUGAGCGCCAGAUCAAGAUCUGGUUCCAGAAUCGCCGCAUGAAGUACAAGAAGGAUCAGAAGGGCAAGGGCAUGCUGACGUCAUCAGGGGGCCAGUCCCCAAGUCGCAGCCCCGUGCCCCCUGGCGCGGGCGGCUAUCUGAACUCUAUGCAUUCGCUGGUCAACAGCGUCCCGUAUGAGCCCCAGUCGCCCCCGCCUUUCUCCAAGCCUCCCCAGGGCGCCUAUGGGCUGCCCCCCGCCUCCUACCCCGCACCCCUGCCAAGCUGCGCGCCCCCACCGCCCCCACAGAAGCGCUACACCGCGGCGGGGGCAGGGGCGGGGGGUACACCCGACUAUGACCCACACGCGCAUGGCCUGCAGGGCAACGGCAGCUAUGGGACCCCACACUUACAGGGAAGCCCCGUCUUCGUGGGGGGCAGCUAUGUGGAGCCCAUGAGCAACUCUGGGCCUGCCCUCUUUGGCCUAACUCACCUCCCCCACGCCGCCUCUGCAGCCAUAGACUACGGGGGUGCUGGGCCGCUGGGCAGCGGCCACCAUCACGGGCCCGGGCCAGGGGAGCCGCACCCCACCUACACGGACCUUACCGCCCACCAUCCUUCUCAGGGAAGAAUUCAGGAAGCCCCCAAGCUCACCCACCUGUGAUGGUGGGCUCGGGGCUGCGCGCCAGGAGAGUCCCUCUGCCCCCACCUUUCUUCUACGUUUACUUUUUUUGGGUUUGGUUUUAAGGUUCUUCCUGCCCUCCCUUUUUUCUCCUCCGCCCCAUCUACCCCC